AACCCAGCCUUGAGGAACAGCCACUGGAGGGUGUCGUGGCCACUCAUGGACACCCAACUAGAUACAAAACGAAGAACUUUGUCCCCUUCUUGUCAUUCUGAAAGACUGUGAACCCUGGAGUCCUCAAUCAUCACACAGGAAGCUGAGGACUUCCUGCUCAAUCAGGACACUGAACCUUGAAUUCAUAAAGAUUCUAAAAGCUCCAGAAACAAAGACUUCGUGGACAAAAUCCCUAGGGACCAGACCCACUGCCUUUCCUGGCAAAGUACACAGAAACCAUCUUCCUUGACUCAUGCAAGAAGCCAGGAUGGAAACCUCAGCCCCCACAAAGGACUAUGACAUGACAACAGAAUAUGACUAUGAGGGCAUAACCCCAUGCCAGAAGGGAGAGGUGAGGGCCUUUGGAGCUCAGCUGCUGCCCCCCUUGUACUCGCUGGUGUUCAUCGUUGGCCUGGUGGGCAACAUCCUGGUGCUCCUGGUCCUCAUGCAGAACAAGAGGCUCAAGAGCAUGACCAGCAUCUACCUCCUCAAUCUGGCCAUUUCAGACCUGCUCUUCCUCUUCACGCUGCCCUUCUGGAUCGACUACAAGCUAAAGGAUGACUGGAUUUUCAGUGAUGGCACCUGUAAGUUGCUCUCGGGGCUUUAUUACACAGGUUUGUAUAGCGAGAUCUUUUUCAUCAUCCUGCUGACCUUCGACAGGUACCUGGCCAUCGUCCACGCCGUGUUUGCCCUGCGGGUUCGGACUGUCAUCUUUGGGAUCAUCACCAGCAUUGGCGCCUGGGGCCUGGCCAUCUUGGCCUCCAUCCCAGGCUUCUACUAUUCCAAGAUCCAGAGGGAGUUCUCCCAUAGCACCUGCAGCCUCCACUUCCCUCACGGAAGCCUCAAAGCCUGGAAACAGUUCCAGGCUCUGAAACUGAACAUGUUGGGGCUGGUUCUGCCUCUGUUGGUCAUGAUCAUCUGCUACACAGAGAUCAUACGGAUUCUGCUCAAACGACCCAACGAGAAGAAAGCCAAAGCCGUCCGUCUGAUCUUUGUCAUCAUGAUCGUCUUCUUUCUCUUCUGGACCCCCUACAACCUGGCAGUGCUUGUCUCUGCUUUCCAAGACAGCCUCUUCACCGAUGAGUGCAGGCAGAGCAAACAGCUGGACCUGGCCUUGCAGGUGACAGAGGUGAUCGCCUACACGCACUGCUGCGCCAACCCCGUCAUCUACGCCUUCGUCGGGGAGAGGUUCCGCAGGUACCUGCGCCAGCUGUUCAGCCGGCUGCUGUCCGCGCGCCUGCUUAAAUGGCUCCCCUUCCUCUCCACCGAUAGGCUCGAGAGGACCAGCUCCGUGUCCCCCUCCACCGCGGAGCAUGAACUCUCCGCUGGGUUCUGA